AUGGAUCUCUACUUGUUCCUUAGUUGCUCACUCUGCCUCAUUUUCACCGCCACCUUCCUCCAUUUACUAGGGAGAUCAAAAACCAGCGACCGAGCCCCGGCGGGCAAACUCCCGCCGGGUCCCACCCGGGUGCCAAUCAUCGGCAACCUCCACAAUCUGGGCCCCAACCCUCACAAAUCACUGGCCGAUCUGGCCAAGGUCCAUGGGCCGUUGAUGAGCCUGAAGCUGGGCCGAGUCACCACGAUCGUGGCUUCUUCCCCUGGCAUGGCCAAGGAAAUCCUCCAAAAGCACGACAAAGUCCUCUCCAACCGCCACGUCAACCUCGCCAUGGAAGCCCUCGACCACCACAAAUUCUCCCUGCCGCUUCUCCCCGUGGAGUCCAAGUACUGGAGGAACCUCAGGAAAGUGUGCAACUCCUACAUCUUCACCGCCCAGAGGCUGGACUCCAACGAGGAGCUCCGGAGGGUGAAGGUUGCGGAGCUCGUGGAAGGUGUUCGACGAAAUGCCUCCGGGGAGGCGAUUGACGUUGCGAGGGUGGCCUUCAGGGCCACUCUCAACGCCAUGUCGUCCACCAUUCUUUCGAUGGAUCUUGCGGACGAGGAGAGGUCGGAGGCCGCCAGGGAGUUCAAGGAGCUUGCGAGGGGGAUCAUGGAAGACUGUGCGACGCCCAAUUUGGGAGACUUUUUCCCUCUCCUGGCGAGGAUGGAUUUGCAGGGGAUCAAGAGCCGGGUGAAGGGUCAUUUGAGGAAAGCUUUGGAUCUGUUUCAAACUGUCAUCGACAACCGGUUGCGGAAUCGGCAGUCGGAGAGCUAUGUCUCGGCGAACGACAUGCUCGACACGCUUCUUGCCAUCGGGGAUGAGGAGGAGGACAAGGCGGCUGCCAUGGAUCCACUUCGCAUCCAACGCUUGUGCGUGGAUCUCUUCGUAGCAGGCACCGAUACAACUUCAACCACACUAGAAUGGGCAAUGGCAGAGCUUCUCCGCAAUCCCAAUACACUUGCUAAAGCUAGGGAAGAACUGGAUGCAACGAUUGGAAAAGGCAAUAAUUUUCAGGAAUCGGACAUCUCUCGAUUACCGUAUUUACAAGCAAUAUUAAAAGAGACAUUCAGGCUACACCCAGCAGCUCCCCUGCUACUUCCGCGCAAGGGAGGAGAAGAUGUGGAGAUUUGUGGUUUUAUCAUGCCCAAAGGUGUGCAAAUUCUAGUCAAUGUGUGGGCCAUCGGUCGAGAUCCGAUGAUAUGGGAUGAUCCCAACGCAUUCGUGCCGGAAAGGUUCUUGGGUUCCGAGGUUAGUGCUAAGGGGAACAGUUUUGAACUGCUUCCAUUUGGCGCGGGGAGAAGGAUCUGCCCAGGAUUGCCUUUGGCACUGCGUAUAUUACAUAUGAUGUUGGGUUCCUUGAUCCAUUGGUUUGAUUGGAAGUUGCCAGAUGGGGUCGAGCCGGAGAAGUUGGAUAUGGACGAAAAGUUUGGGAUGGCUUUGCAAAAGGCCAAACCUUUGCUUGCCAUCCCUACUCCCAGGUAAUCAGAAAAUCUGUAAUUGAAAGCAACUGCUAUCUAUUGUGAUCGAUGUGGCGUUUGGCAUUCUAAAUGUAAGUGAUUUGUGGCAUUUUCUUUGAAUUGGU